GCGCCCUCUCGCGCUCCCGCGGCCGGGCAAUGACGCGCACCGACCGGGUGGCGGGGCGACGGGAGGGGCCCCAGCGUGACGCAGCCCGUUGCCCAGGCGCCGCCUUAUAAACCUCCCGCUCGGCCGCCGCCGCGCCGAGUCCGAGCCGCGCACGGGACCGGGACGCAGCGGAGCCCGCGGGCCCCGCGUUCAUGCACCGCCUGCUGGCCUGGGACGCAGCAUGCCUCCCGCCGCCGCCCGCCGCCUUUAGACCCAUGGAAGUGGCCAACUUCUACUACGAGCCCGACUGCCUGGCCUACGGGGCCAAGGCGGCCCGCGCCGCGCCGCGCGCCCCCGCCGCCGAGCCGGCCAUCGGCGAGCACGAGCGCGCCAUCGACUUCAGCCCCUACCUGGAGCCGCUCGCGCCCGCCGCGGACUUCGCCGCGCCCGCGCCCGCGCACCACGACUUCCUCUCCGACCUCUUCGCCGACGACUACGGCGCCAAGCCGAGCAAGAAGCCGGCCGACUACGGUUACGUGAGCCUCGGCCGCGCGGGCGCCAAGGCCGCGCCGCCCGCCUGCUUCCCGCCGCCGCCUCCCGCCGCGCUCAAGGCGGAGCCGGGCUUCGAACCCGCGGACUGCAAGCGCGCGGACGACGCGCCGGCCAUGGCGGCCGGUUUCCCGUUCGCCCUGCGCGCCUACCUGGGCUACCAGGCGACGCCGAGCGGCAGCAGCGGCAGCCUGUCCACGUCGUCGUCGUCCAGCCCGCCCGGCACGCCGAGCCCCGCCGACGCCAAGGCCGCGCCCGCCGCCUGCUUCGCGGGGCCGCCGGCCGCGCCCGCCAAGGCCAAGGCCAAGAAGACGGUGGACAAGCUGAGCGACGAGUACAAGAUGCGGCGCGAGCGCAACAACAUCGCGGUGCGCAAGAGCCGCGACAAGGCCAAGAUGCGCAACCUGGAGACGCAGCACAAGGUGCUGGAGCUGACGGCGGAGAACGAGCGGCUGCAGAAGAAGGUGGAGCAGCUGUCGCGAGAGCUCAGCACCCUGCGGAACUUGUUCAAGCAGCUGCCCGAGCCGCUGCUGGCCUCGGCGGGCCACUGCUAGCGCGGCGCGGGUGGCGUGGGGGGCGCCGCGGCCACCCUGGGCACCGUGCGCCCUGCCCCGCGCGCUCCGGCCCCGCGCGCGCGCCCGGACCACCGUGCGUGCCCCGCGCGCACCUGCACCUGCACCGAGGGGACACCGCGGGCACCGCGCGCACGCACCUGCACCGCGCACCGGGUUUCGGGACUUGAUGCAAUCCGGAUCAAACGUGGCUGAGCGCGUGUGGACACGGGACUGACGCAACACACGUGUAACUGUCAGCCGGGCCCUGAGUAAUCACUUAAAGAUGUUCCUGCGGGGUUGUUGCUGUUGAUGUUUUUGGUUUUGUUUUUGUUUUUUGUUUUUUGUUUUUGGUCUUAUUAUUUUUUUUGUAUUAUAUAAAAAAGUUCUAUUUCUAUGAGAAAAGAGGCGUAUGUAUAUUUUGAGAACCUUUUCCGUUUCGAGCAUUAAAGUGAAGACAUUUUAAUAAACUUUUUUGGAGAAUGUUUAAAAGCCUUUUGGGGGCAGUAGUUGGCUUUUGAAAAAAAAAUUUUUUUCUUCUCUCCCGA